AUGGCGAACAGCGCCUUUAUGGACAAAUUACGUUCGUUUCUUGGUAUUCGGCAAGAGCCGCCCCGGAACGAUUUUCGAAACCCAAUCUGGGGUUCCGACGAUGAAGACGACGGAGAUGAAUUAUACUCUAGGAACGAGAUGUCCGCUAUCAUAGAUCCAAUGGACCUCCACAGAGAUUUCACCAAACAUAUGCACGAAAUGUUUCGAUCGUUUGGAAGCAUGUUCGGUGACGUACAGUCAUUCUUCCACGAUGAAAACUUUGAUUUUCCCGGAAUCAGCGACUUGCCUUCCGACGAAGGUUCCAACCACGGUAACAUCAGAGAUUACUAUUUGAAACCCGGCUAUGACAACCACAGAGAGGCUCUCAAACAAGAUGUAGAUUUAGAUGGGAAAAUAUCUUCUAACGAAAUAUCAGGACUCUUGAAACAAAAGGAUAACAUGCAGGAUGCCAAUCAGAAGCCACUUUUUAAUGGUAAUUUGGUACCGGGAAGAUCAUUCUGUCAGACUAUUAUUACAACAAGUGUUAAGAAACCUGAUGGAACAGUAGAGACAAGGAGAAUUGUUAAAAAUGGCAAUGAAGUAACUGAAGAGACUGUCACAUCAGGCCCUGUGACAAAUAUCGUCAACCCCACGAUGGACACCAUGACCACAAGCUUCAUUUACAAUGGUGUAAUUUCUGAAGUUCUUUCAUCAUUGUUCCGAAAUUUUUAUUAGAACAAAAUAUUAUUCCCAUUUGAUAUAUAUUGAUAGCCAUAUUAUAGUCACUUUAAUUUAAGAUACUAGCUUGUAAUUUUGAUAUCAAAAUAAGUUAUUUUUUCCAAUCAUAAGUAACUGGAAAUCCGUAGUUCUUCCUCACAUAUAAACAUUACAGUAUAAUCUUUAAAUAGUACCUACUAACACGUUUUGACAUAUUUAAAUAUCAAUGAAAGAGAAAUAAAACAAUUAUAUUAUCUAGAAUAAAAUAAUGUUUACACAUAAUUCAUUGUACCUGGAUAGAUAUUAAUAUGUAGAAUGGACUUUUUACAUUGUGUACUUAUUUAUUUGUAUAUUUUUUUAAAUAAUGAAUGUAUUCCAAAAAUAGAAGUUCAAUAAAAUUUUCAUUGCUUCUCUUAUGUAAUUAAUUUGUGA